GGGCCUUCAUCCUCCCUCACACCCGAGCCCUCCUGCUGACAAAGGACCAGCGCCCGCCCCGUUUCGCCUCGUCAGCCCAGUUUUGUCUAAGACGCAUUCAAACUACAACGCCCAGAAUGCAUCACACCGAGAUCUCCGUGCCACGGGUCAGAUGACUCGAGUCAGGUGACCUCCGGCCCGCCCUCAUACAAAAGCAAACCGGCCAGGGGACCUGUACACCAUCCGGAGCUGCACCUGGUGCGAGGUUCUUGUGGCCCUGGUGGUCGUGCCCUCCAGCCUAGGAGGCUCUCAGUUCUCUGGAAUCGAGGAACAUGAAGAGGACUUGGCUGGUGGUUUUUAUCCUUUUUCCUCUGAAGCUUGUAGAAAAAUGUGAGUCAACCGUCGACUUCACCGUCCCACCUGUGGUCAGGCUGGAAAAUGGCAGCUCCACCAAUGUCACCAUCACCCUACAGCAUCCGUUAAAUGCAACCCUGGUGAUCACGUUUGAAAUCACGUAUCGUUCAAAAAACAUCACUAUCCUUGAGCUCCCGCAGGAAGUGGUGGUACCUCCCAGAGCCGCCAAUUCAUCUUUUCAAGUGACCUCUCAAAACGUCGGGCAGGUCACCGUGUAUCUGCACCGAAAUCAUUCUAACCAGACCGGCCCCCGGAUCCGCUUCCUGGUCGUCCACAGCAACGUCGUGGGCAUCAUCAACCAGGUGAUCGGCUGGAUCUACUUUGUGGCCUGGUCCAUCUCCUUCUACCCACAGGUGUUCAAGAACUGGAGGCGGAGAAGUGUUGUCGGCCUGAGCUUCGACUUCGUGGCCCUGAACCUGAUGGGCUUCGUGGCCUACAGCGUGUUCAACAUAGGCCUCCUCUGGGUACCUGCCAUCAAGGAGCAGUUUCUCCUCAAAUACCCCAAUGGGGUGAACCCCGUGGACACUAACGACGUCUUCUUCAGCCUGCACGCGGUCGUCCUCACACUAGUGGUCAUCCUGCAGUGCUUCCUGUACGAGCGAGGCUCCCAGCGCGUGUCGUGGCCUGCCGUCGGCUUCCUGGCGCUCGCCUGCCUCUUUGCUCUCAUCACCAUGCUGGUGGCCGCAGCCGGAGCCGCCACCUGGCUGCAGUUUCUCUUCUGCUUCUCCUACAUCAAGCUGGCCGUCACAUUGGUCAAGUACUUUCCACAGGCCUACAUGAACUUUUAUUACAAAAGCACCGAGGGCUGGAGCAUUGGCAACGUGCUCCUGGACUUCACCGGGGGCAGCUUCAGCCUCCUCCAGAUGUCCCUGCAGUCCUACAACAAUGACCAGUGGACGCUAAUCUUCGGGGACCCAACCAAGUUUGGCCUCGGAGUCUUCUCCAUCAUCUUCGAUGUUGUCUUCUUCAUCCAGCACUUCUGUUUGUACAAGAAGAAACCAGGGCUUCAGGCAGCACACACGGGUUCCAACAGCCGCCCCCAGCAGGACAUGGUGCUGAGCUCGGAGUCAAGGCGGGGCCCUACACAGCCAGUGUUUCUGGGAGCAGCAUGAGGGCUGACCUUGCAGCCCGGAGAACCCAGGUCGUGCACUGCUGCCACUGCUGUUCCCCGAGAGCAAGUGGCCAGGUGCUGUGGCUGGUGGACCCUGAGGUGCUGGUGCUGGUGGCGGAGGGAUUAGGCUUUGGGGCUCUUCCUCUGAAGGCCACAUUCUGAGCACCCAUGUUCCUGACAUGCACUCUUGACGACAUAAUGCAGCUUCCAGGCUGGCAGUAGCCAGGGGCCAGACACGCUAUUCCUCAGCCCUGAGUGGCCCGGCCCACCACAUAGGUUCUGGCCUGGAUUCGCACCCCUUUGUCACUCGGGGUCAGCUCCUCCUCCUAACCCUUCCUGAAUUUGGGGGAGGGAUGUUUUGGGAGUGAAUGACUAACCGUCUCUUGCCUUGUCGCGUCCACGUCCCUGAGUCAGGACUGGGGGCCAUCGGGGCCCCUCUUUACCCUGCACCUGUGGUGCAGGACACACACCCACAACCAGCCAGUGCCUCAGAAGCCCUUUAAACCUGCCAAAGGCAGGUAGCAGUGCUCUCCCAGGCCCCAGGCCCCUAUCUGAGAUGCACCACUGGUGUCGGCUCUGGAGGGACCUCCGAUAAGGACUGGAGACCCUUACACAGUGCCAGUCCCCGCGGGCCCAGCCUGCUUCCUGAGCUGGGUCCUCAUACCUGAGCCUUUGUGCCUCCUGUGUUGGGGGUGUGGGGUUCUGGGACGUGCCUUGAGUUUGUAAUCUACUCUUAGACCUCUCCACCCUAAGGUCAAAGGGCUUGUGUCCUUGAUUAAAGCCAGCCUGUCUGCUUUCA